AUUUUAUUCUAAAUUUUUUUUUAUUGUUGUUGUUUUGCUAUUUUUCAUAUUUUCAUUUUAACAAUGUAUGGAUUCAAGAAAAAAUUAUGAUUUCAAACAAGAUAUUUUAGUACCAAUUCGAACGCUUGUCGAUCUCCAUGUAGGGAGAGAUUUUAGUAUAUUUAAAUUCUCUUCGUCGUAUUAUAAAAAAAUGCCGACUUUCGACAUUGUCGUUUGAUGAUAAUACGAAAAAACAUAUUUGAAAGUCGGAUAUACAAAAAAGGACUUUAAAAGAAGUUCAUUUAAAAAGAAGGAUUCAUUACAUACAUACAUGCAUGCAUUGAUUUAAAUACAUGUGUGUUGUUUUAAUUGCAAAUUUUAAAUUUUUACCUUGCAUUUCAAAUGUUUUUUAAUUGAUAUAAGUGAAAUAUUUUUAUGAUAUUAAAUAAGAAAUCAAUUUAAAAGGACAUUAAAACGGUUAAAUUUUUUUUUUUGAAAAUUUAUUUAUGACAUUUAUAAAUUAAAAAUAAAAAAUUAACUGUCAAAUAUAAAUAAAAUUAUAGAUUUUGGUGGAACACAAAAGAAAAAAUAAUAAAGAAAGAAAAAAGAUGAAGGCUCCCGGGGGCCAAAAAACUGGUCUCAAGAGUCUAACUCGGACUAUAAAUUAUUUAUGGACAAUAUCAUUAGUAAUAUAUUUUGUUGCUUUCAUUGAAUUAGGUAGUGAAUUUGCUGUUGCCCAACGACAACAACCAAAAAAGGAUUGUUCUCCUGCACAAUGUGAUUGUAAAGGACUUAAAGGAAACAAAGGAGCACAUGGGCCAAUUGGUUUUCCAGGACUUGAAGGUUCCCCAGGUGAUUUUGGUCCACCAGGACCUCUGGGUCGUACUGGGGAAGUUGGAGAUUUUGGUGAAUAUGGUGAAACCGGAGAAAAGGGUCAUAGAGGCGAUGGUGGCGAACCAGGACGUCCGGGUAUUCCUGGAAGAAGGGGCAGUUCUGGAGAAGAUGGACCUCAAGGUCCACGAGGUAUUGAUGGCUGUGAUGGAAAAGAUGGUGUUAUGGGAAAUCCUGGUUACCCUGGGUCUCCAGGUCUUCCUGGUUUAAUGGGUAAACCAGGGCUACAAGGUCCUACGGGAGAUGCUGGAGAGGGUGGAAUUAAUUCGAAAGGAGUAAAAGGAAAUAGAGGUGACUCAGGAUAUCCUGGAGCCGAUGGACCACCCGGUUACAAGGGCUACAGAGGAUUAAAAGGUUUUGUUGGUAUUUCUGGAUUUCCAGGUGCGAAAGGACCCAGGGGUGAUCGUGGUAUGCGGGGUGAUGACGCCGAAAUUCAUAAUCCAUUAAUUGGAACUGGAGAAAAGGGGCAAAAAGGAGAUCCAGCCGAUAAAGAACAUGUUCCUUAUGAGAAAGGGCGGGAUGCUCCAAAAGGUCAAAAGGGCGAUAGCGGAAGAACUGGUUUGCGAGGAAAUAGAGGUUUUCCAGGUGAAAUUGGUGCCCAAGGAUUACCUGGCAUGCGUGGUGGAGCAGGUGAACAAGGUUGGCCUGGAGAACGUGGGAAACCCGGCAAAGUUGGGGAAGCCGGUCCAAGUGGACCUAAAGGUGCUAAAGGUGCUCCAGGUUAUUCUGGUCCUGAUGGGAUUGAUGGAAGACCAGGACUUACAGGAGAAGACGGUUAUGAUGGUACCCCGGGGCAUCAAGGUGAAGCAGGAGAACCAGGAACUUAUGAUCCCAAUCUUGACGAACGACAUCCUGGACCAAUAGGACCCCAGGGUGAACAAGGGGAGCCUGGUGAAGCUGGAGUGGCUGGUAUACCAGGAAAACCUGGACGACGCGGUUUAAUUGGCUUUCCUGGAAUACCUGGAAAUCCCGGUCUUCCGGGACCCCCAGGGCCAGUAGGAUUAAGCGUAAAAGGUGAUCCAGGAUCGCCCGGAGAACAUGGAAACAUGGGCCCUAUUGGUCCAUCCGGAAGACCAGGUGGGAUUGGUAGACCAGGACCUAAAGGUUUUGCUGGCAGAAAUCAAUGGGGUCCGAAAGGUUAUCCCGGUACACCCGGAAGACCAGGGCAACCAGGACAUGUUGGUGAUCGAGGUGAGCCUGGUCUCCCUGGUCAAAAAGGUUUACCUGGAAGUGGUUUCAACAUAACUGGAAAACCAGGUGCAGAUGGUUUACCCGGAUAUAGAGGCAAGCCUGGAGUUGAUGGUUUAUUUGGUCUUCCUGGAGACAAAGGAGAUAAGGGCCCGAGAGGCGACGAUUGUGGAUUUUGUCCCCCAGGCCCACCAGGGACUCCUGGCGACAAAGGCGAAAAUGGCUAUCCCGGAAUACCAGGACUAAGAGGCAAGCAGGGCCUCACAGGGCCGAGAGGGCCCAAAGGUUUGGCAGGAUAUCCCGGGAAACCAGGAUUUAAGGGACAACUAGGGCCAGAAGGUAUUCCAGGUGAUACUGGAAAGCCAGGAAGACCAGGAAGACCUGGGAGACUUAUACUAUUUGGUAGUAGAGAUGAGCCAGAACCAGGUGAUAUGGGGGAUACCGGAUACAGAGGAGAACCUGGAGACCAAGGCGUUCCUGGAUUUGUUGGAACCCCGGGCGCCAGAGGUCAAUGGGGAGAAAAAGGAGAGCAAGGAGAUUAUGGUACUCCAGGACGCCCAGGAAAAGAUGGACGAGACGGCUCAGAUGGCACUGACGGGAUACCAGGGCAACGAGCAGACGCUCCAAUAUGGAGUUUGGUUGGAAACCCCGGAAAUCCUGGUUUCAAAGGAGCUAAAGGAGAAAGCGGAUUCAAUGGAGCAAAAGGGCAAAAAGGAGAACCAUCUCCAUCAGUAACUGCAAAUGCUGGAGAGAAAGGCGACAGAGGUGAACCUGGAAUAAGAGGCGAUGAUGGUCCAAUAGGAGAACCAGGUGAUGAUGGCUAUACUGGCCUGAGAGGUGAUGUUGGACCUCAAGGAAUAAGUGAAGCAGGACCAGAAGGUCUCAAAGGCUAUCCUGGUGUAAUUGGACCCCAAGGACCCAGUGGUGAACCUGGUGCGCCAGGACUAAAUGGUCUGCCAGGAGUAGAUGGUCUGCCGGGGAUAAAAGGAUCUCGUGGAGAACCCGGGCCUUACAUCAUUCCCGGUGAAUAUGGUUUACCUGGUAAUGCGGGUAUAAUAGGGUACCCUGGUGAUAAAGGAUAUCCUGGAAGACCUGGUACAAGAGGCAAGCCGGGACUAAGAGGUAGACGUGGCGAAAAAGGAGACGAUGGGCCGCACGGUAUUCCGGGUUUACCAGGUGCUCAAGGAGAACGAGGUGACUAUAUUGUAGGACGAAUAGGGGAACCUGGUAGUCCAGGCCGUGACGGAAAAAUCGCUCCACCAGGUCAACAAGGCCAGAAAGGUGAAACUGGACCAAGAGGAUCUCCAGGAGGACACGGGGCCAAAGGGGAUACUGGGUUUCCGGGAAGAUUUGGAAUACCAGGAGACAUAGGUUUUCCGGGCGAUGUCGGUUUUGUUGGUACACCUGGUUAUCCCGGUCCAAUCGGAGAAACUGGGGAAAUUGGUAACGUUGGUAGGCUUGGUAGGCCUGGUCAUAUGGGACGUCGUGGUGAUGUUGGCCCUAUGGGCCCGAAAGGUGACCAAGGCCCUCCUGGUUCUGUAGGCCGAGCAGGAAGAAAUGGUAGACCAGGUAAAAAAGGUGAAAGAGGAGCUUAUGGUUACACAGGUCCAAAAGGAGAAAAAGGUGAUCGAGCUUUUAGCGGAAUGAAGGGUGAAAUGGGUGAUCCGGGUAACAUGGGCCCGCCAGGUAGAAAUGGUUUAAAUGGACCUCAAGGAUCAAAAGGAAUUGAAGGAGAACCAGGAAUUGGCUACGAAGGUCCCAGUGGUUUAAAAGGUGAAACGGGUGUACCUGGAUCUUUUGGCUUAGAUGGUCUACGUGGUCUUAAAGGUGAGCGUGGAGCAACAGGAUUUCCAGGGCAAGUGGGUGAAAUAGGAGAACCUGGUUUUGACGGCUAUCCAGGUUUAGCUGGUAAAAAUGGCUUAAUUGGAAGAAGGGGAGAGUCUGGCGAUCCAGGACCAAUCGGUGCACCCGGAAUGAGAGGAGAACCUGGUGAAUUUGGAUUCCCGGGUUCUAUGGGAAUAAAAGGUGAUUCUGGAGAUCAUGGAAUUCCAGGUCGGCCAGGAGAAAAAGGUGAAAGGGGCGAAAUAGGUGAAGAAGGAAGGCCAGGACAAGCAAUAAUGCAAGGAAGAUAUCGUGGUGACAAAGGUAACGUUGGCCCUCGAGGUUUAGUGGGUGAACCAGGUCCACCCGGAAAAGUUGGUCCACCCGGAUAUACAGGAAAUAGAGGGUUACCAGGAAGCAUUGGUUACGCUGGACGACCAGGACCUGAGGGUUUUCAAGGACGAAAAGGUCAAAUUGGUGAUAGGGGUCCACGUGGUUUACCAGGAACCUUACCAUCAUUUAUUAACAAAGGAGAUGAAGGUGACCCUGGGCACGACGGUUUACCUGGUCGACCAGGACCAACAGGCCCUAAAGGUGCUCCAGGAGAUUAUGGAGACGACGGCCCAUUUGGACUCGCAGGACAACCAGGAUCUGAUGGUUUCCCCGGAAUCAAAGGCAUAACUGGUGAUGGCGGUUACCCGGGAAUAGACGGUAUUCCAGGACAACCAGGCCCACCAGGUUUAAGAGGUCUUCCAGGAGACCCUGGAAUUAGAGGACCUUCAGGUAAUCCGGGAUAUGGAAUACCGGGAAUACGAGGAGAUGUCGGUGACAGAGGACACCCUGGAUAUGCUGGCAUAGACGGUGAAAAAGGAGAGCAGGGUAUGUUUGGAAGACCUGGUCAGCCGGGAAGAUUUGGUCCUAGAGGUCCAAGAGGACCAAUAGGUGAUCAAGGAUGGAAUGGUAUUGAAGGUUUAGAAGGUGUCAAAGGUUUAAAGGGAGAACGAGGCGUAACUUAUCCUUAUGAGAUGGCUAGACCUGGUUUUAAAGGAGAUGCAGGUUUACCUGGUUUUCCCGGCGAAGUUGGAGAAAUUGGUUUUAUUGGGGCACCUGGCGCAUUUGGCUAUAGAGGUUUGAAGGGGUACCGCGGUGAAUUUGGCAUCGAAGGAUAUAUGGGGUUGCCAGGAAGAAAAGGUGAACCUGGUACGACAGGACCACCUGGCUUUGAUGGUUUGCCUGGUAUAAGAGGUUACAAGGGUGAAAGAGGUGAUCCAGCGCCACCCGGACCCCCUCCCAGAAGUAGAGGAUAUACUUUUACACGCCAUUCACAAACAGUUCGCAUUCCUGAAUGCCCUGCUAAUACUGAAAAGUUGUGGGAAGGCUACUCCUUAGCAGCCAUUAUAGGUAACAGUCGCGCUGUGGGUCAAGAUUUUGGAAAAGCUGGUUCAUGUCUACAAAGGUUUACAACAAUGCCAUUUUCAUUGUGUGGUACUAACAAUGUGUGUAAUUAUGCUCAAACAAAUGAAGACAGUUUAUGGCUAGCAACACAAGAACCAAUGCCAAUGUCAAUGACACCUAUAGAAUCGAGGGAUCUUGAAAAUUACAUUUCAAGGUGCGUCGUUUGUGAAACCCGAACAACUAUAAUGGCAUUGCAUAGCCAAAGUAUGAGUCUCCCAGAUUGCCCAAAAGGAUGGGAUGAAAUGUGGGCUGGCUAUAGCUAUUUAAUGUUAACUCACGACAAUAGCGGCGGUUUUGGACAAGACUUAUCCUCACCUGGAUCAUGUUUAGAAGAAUUCCGAACAAAUCCAAUUAUAGAAUGUUCAGGUCAUGGCAGGUGUAAUUUUUAUGAUCCUUUAACUAAUUUCUGGUUGGCUGUUAUUGAAGAGCAUGAGCAAUUCAUUAAACCAAAUCAACGAACACUUAAAAAAGAUCAUACAAGCAAAAUAAGCAGAUGUGUUGUUUGCAAGAAACGAUAUCAAUCACGACACGAUUUACCACCUUUCCCUGAGCCAACGGGCUUGGAAUUUAGACGACCUGAGGAAGAACAUCGACCACAACCACCACCACCAGUUUACCCUAGAAGACCAAGGCCAAAUGCACAAAGAACUCGGCGACCAACACAACGUCGUUUUUAAGUUAAAAAAAUAGUUAAAAAAAAUAAUUUUAAUUCUAAGUUCUUUUAAGUUUAUGAUUUUGUUACCUUUCAAAUAGUUUAUUUGUAGAAUAUAAAUAACAUUGUAAACAUGUAGAAUCCGAACUACGGCUCAAAUUUUUAGCUAGAAAUACUAUUACUUUGAUGUCCCUAUCUUUUAUAUUGAAAAUUAAAAUUUCUUUUUUUCCAUAUUUUGUAUAAUUUUAAAGAAAGAUUAAAUAGCUUUUAAAGUGCCAGCAGAUUUCGUAUUUAUAAUGCUGUAAAUAUUUGCAUACUAUAUUAUACAUGUAUGUAUGUAUGUAUAUGGAAUACGCAAUAAAAUUAAAUUAACGUUUUCAAAACAAAGAGAAGAAAAGCUACAAAAGCAAACAACAAGUACUGAUUAUAAAAGAAUUUUGAAUACAUACAUAGGUAUAUGUACAUAUGUAUGUAUGUAGAUGUUUGUUUUUUAGAAUAAUAUAAGAAAACUGCUGUGCAAAAAGUGAAAAACUUAAUUCAUUAUUAUGAAAAAUAUUUAAAAAAUAAGAUUUUGUAAACUGCCAUGUAAAAACUAAAAUAUUCUAAAACAUAAUGAUAUUACAAUUUAAACAAAAUUUAAAGUAGUUGUAUUUAUCGAGUAGAAUACAGAAAUCUUUUUAACUCAUUAUUUGUGUUAUCAAAUGUAAAAAAAUAUUAAAAAUUAUUUUGCAUAAUAUUAUUUAUAAACU